AUGGUGAGAUCCUCCUCCAAGCUGCUUCGGCUGGGGGCUUUGUUUGGAGUUGGCUGGGCUCUCUGUACUUGGCUCUUGGUGGACACUGUCAUGCAUGGGCAGGAGCAGGAGCAUAAAGACAAGUCUUCUUUCAUUCCUUCAUCAUCAUCAUCAUCUUCAUCUUCAUCAUCAUUUCUUAGUAGUAGUAAUGUGGAUGAAGCAUCCUUUUCAGCAUGUCUAUUGGUGAUGGAUGACAACCACUGGACCAUUGAAUGGUUGGCCUAUCACUACUUUGCCUUGCCUCUGGGCAGAUUGAUUGUGGGAGUGGAUCCUCGUUCAGAGACUUCACCCUCUGCCAUUUUGGAGCGAUGGAAAGACCGCAUUCAAAUCACUGAAUGGAAGCAAGACAGAGACUUUAUGACUCUCCAAGAACAGACAGAAGCAGAAAGAAAUGUAUUGGCUCAGUUUGGAAACAUAUCUGAUACCCUGGUCAAACACAGAGCCAGGCAAAGAGUUUUCUACUACAAGUGCAUGAAAACACUCAAACAGGAACACAAAACUUGGACUAUACUCAUUGACUCGGAUGAAUUCUUGCGCAUCAACACACACCUUGCCACACACCUCCAUUCACACACAAACAAACUAAAACAUGCAUCCAUUGCCAAAUUGCUUACAGCAGAACUCAACAGACCAGGAAACAACAUCUCAAAAUCACCAUGCAUUCAAAUACCAAGACUCAGAUUUGGAGCUGUGGAAACAUCUACAACAACACUUACCAAGCAUCUCAUACCUGACAAUCUGCAAAUAGAACCAUCACAAUUCUUGACGCUCCGUUGGGUCAAACAUGCUGGACCUGAACAAUACUGGGCCAACAAAAUAUCAAAAGUCAUGAUUGACUUAUCACAAGUACCAUGGCAAGAAUUGGUUCCUGUGGAAAGCAUUCAUAGACCCAUCAAGGCAUUCUGCGGACAGAGAAAACUGCAUAUUCGAACUCAUCAAUCCGUGUUCGUCAUCAAUCACUACUUGGGAUCCUGGGAACAGUACAAAUACAGGACCGGCGAUGCUCGGAUGGACGAAGACAAUGCCAGAAGUGAAAAACAAUACAAGAAACUCAAACAAGUACAAAAGGAAACAAACCACGAUAUUCAGCCAUGGCUACAGGGGUUUGUCAGCCAGGUCGGAAUUGAUACGGCUCGGCAACUACUGCAAGGAGUGGGAAUGCUACAUCCCAAAGGAAAGAACAUCAAGGACAACGAUCCCAAUGCUUACCUACCUACAGUGGGUCAAAAUAAUGAACCAUGUGCCAUUCUACUGUUUGGACUCCCAAGAUCCUUUCGAGAUAUUGUAUUGCCGUCCAUCGUCAAAAACAUUAUUGGAAUCAAUGCACGUUACAGUUGCGAUUACUUUGUACAUUACUUUCAUCGCGAUCAAGAACCCCAGGGGAGAGCCAACCUAGGAGGAACGCUCAUUCCCAAGGAAAUACUCUUGUUGCGAGAUGCCGUCCACAAACGAGACACGGUGACGUACCGAAAACUGCACCCCAAUCACAAACCAUUGGUCCAGUUCCAGGCUGUCACGGAAAAAGAAUUCUGGGCAGCUCGCAAUGACACUAUUCAAAAGUACCGAAACACCAAGGGGAAGGAUGGACACUAUCUAUAUUUUCCGUGGAAAGCCAAGUCAUACCAGUAUCCCUCAUCACUGGACAACAUUGUCCGUCAGUGGCACAGCAUCGACGGAGCCUGGAAACUCAUGGAGGAAUUCGCAGCCAAACGAGGGAUUGCGUAUCAACGAGUGGGAAUGUUCCGAUCAGACGUCAUGUACAUUUCUCCGAUUGAUUUGUACGAGACAGAGCUGCAAUCCUACGAUCGACAAAACAAUCAGGCCGUGUUGGCACCGUUUGGAGCGUUGCCCGUGAACGACCGAAUGUUCUAUGGGCCCUAUGAAGCUGUCGAGAUUUGGGCUACAAGACGUUUCCAGUUUUUGGAGAAUUACGUGCACACCUGCGAGAGGGGCUGGGCCAUGCAUUCGGAAAAGUUUUUGAAUGGAGCAAUCCUUCCUGCGGUUCGGGAAUUGGGUAUCUCGGUGGUUGUGAAUCCCGAUAUUUGUUUUCUGCGUGCUCGUGCAGACCAUUCGGUGGUGGCAACGGAUUGUCACUUGUUGGGAGAAACACGAGGGUAUGUGCUGGGGGAUAUGAAGAGUGUGAUCGAAGGGGUUUUGGAACGCAACUGCUCUGACCCACGCAGAGCGACCUUGUCGCACAUUAUGAUUCAGUGCGAGCGAGACAUAGACCAGCCAGAGUCGUAG